AUAUCAAACCAUCAUUCACCCCUUCACACCCCGACCCAACGAAAGAUCAACAAUCUACACUGUUCUAGCUCUUGAUCUUUUAGCCAUGGUGGUUACAGCACCGUUCUCCUACGUAAUGGAGGUCGUAGCUGAUAAAGAUACAGGACUUCAAAACUGUUUGGAAACCUGGGAAAAACCCUCAAGAGUAAUCUUUGGAACUUUCACAAACGUGUUCCAGUUCUAUGUUCCGUUUACCACCAUUGUCAUCUGCUACGCCAGGAUAAUGGUCAGGCUGCAGGAAAGGAGAAAAAAUGGCAUCCCAGGCUCUAGAUCUGCUAAGAAAAGACAGGAAGAAGAGGAACGGGCUAAACGGACCAACAGAAUGCUGAUUGCAAUGGUAAUCAUCUUUGGUACAUCCUGGUUUCCAAUCAACCUUAUCAACCUUGUAGGAGAUCUGGUGAACCUUGAGUGCUGGGAAUACUACUACUUUACCUUCUUCAUUUGUCAUGUUGGAGCCAUGUCCUCCACCUGCUACAACCCAAUCCUCUACGGUUGGUUAAACAGUUCCUUCAGAACUGAAUUCUCAAGGAUCCUACCCUGCCUCAAGAGUGAUACUCCAGUGGAACAAAUCGAGAUGAAAGGUAAACCCCAUGGGACAGAGAUGAAAACUAUAUCUCCCCCUGAAGCUGUCUAGAUACCUGAAACCUCUUCAAUUCAAUUCCAUACUCAUCCAAUACAAAAAAAAAUGAUGAGUUAGCUAAAGAAAGCUGAAAAACUUUAAUGCUUACGUAUUUACCACAAGCUGACACUAACUCCAAACUUGUGGAUUAGACGAUCAUAGACCAAUAAAGAAAAAGAGAUCGUCCAUGGGUUCUUUAAGAGUUGAAAUUAUCUGUGGUAGAAGGUAAAUUGUUCAAAUCAAGGAGAAACACUUGGUGUCACAUUUGUGCACACAUUAGAAGAUUUCAGUUUUAGGAUAUUUUCCUCUGAAAGUACAAUAGUCAAUAGAGCAAAAUAUAUUAUCCAUAUCAUUA